GGGGUCCUUGUAGCUUCAUUGAGCUGCAGAAGUUACCACGCUUAAAAUUACUGGUUUAAAGAUUAAACUUGCUCAGAUUUGGAUUGAUGUGACCUAAAGACGGGAAUUGGGAAGCUUGCUGCCAUGACGAUAGUAAUUGGGUUUGAAGGCAGUGCCAAUAAGAUUGGCAUUGGCAUUAUGCGGGAUGGUGAAGUGCUUUCCAACCCAAGAAGGACUUUUAUUACUCCUCCUGGUCAAGGGUUCAUGCCCAGCGAGACGGCCAGACACCAUCGUGCCGUCAUCCUGACCGUCCUGAAGGAGGCGCUGGAGCAGGCGGGACUCAAACCGGCGGAAAUCGACUGCGUGGCGUACACCAAAGGUCCUGGUAUGGGUGCUCCUCUGGUAACCGUGGCGAUCGUGGCACGUACAGUGGCUCAGCUGUGGGGGAAGCCCCUGCUGGGCGUCAACCACUGCGUGGGACACAUUGAGAUGGGAAGACUCAUCACCAAGGCAGACAACCCCACCGUGCUGUAUGUGAGCGGGGGGAACACGCAGGUUAUUGCGUACUCCGAGCACCGGUACAGGAUAUUUGGGGAGACCAUUGACAUCGCAGUUGGGAACUGUUUGGACCGGUUUGCCAGAGUUAUUAAGAUUUCCAACGAUCCGAGUCCAGGUUAUAACAUCGAACAGAUGGCCAAAAAAGGGAGUCAGUUUGUGGAGCUGCCGUACACGGUGAAAGGCAUGGACGUGUCUUUUUCUGGGAUUCAGUCUUAUAUCGAGGAAGCUGCCAAUAAGAUGCUGAGCUCUGGACAGUGUACAGCGGAGGAUCUGUGUUUCUCACUGCAGGAGACGCUGUUCUCCAUGCUGGUGGAGAUCACGGAGCGGGCCAUGGCCCACUGCGGCUCCCAGGAGGUGCUCAUCGUCGGGGGCGUCGGCUGUAACCUGCGUCUGCAGGAGAUGAUGGCUGUGAUGUGUGAGGAGAGAGGAGCCAAGCUGUUCGCCACGGACGAACGAUUCUGCAUCGACAACGGCGCCAUGAUCGCUCAGGCAGGCUGGGAGAUGUUCCGCUCGGGUCAGGUGACGGAGCUGGAGGACUCGUGGAUCACACAAAGGUACAGGACAGAUGAGGUGGAGGUGACGUGGAGAGACUGACCGGACUACGGUUCUGAUUGUGGUUGCAGCAGGUCUGCUUCACCCCGCCUGGACGGAGCAGCCCAACAUAGAGAUGCUGCACACGUGCGUGAAAGAUGUUUAAAGAUGGGAAGAAUACAUGUUUCAAGAGUUUGAUUUUCUAUAUUGUACUCUUAAACAACUACAAUCUUUACAUCCAUCCAGGUAGACAUCUGUGUGUUGUUCCUCCGCAUUAGCUCAUUAAAAUAUAUAUUUUAAAAACCAGUUCAACAUGUUUUUCAGUUAUCGUGCAUCAUUUCACAAUUG